AUGGCCGAGCUCCCAUUGAACGUGCCCCUCACCUUGCACCCCGUCUGCCUGAGUAUCCGUGGGCCCUCGGUGUACGAGGACGAGAACCAGCACACGUGGCUCCAUCUCGUCAUGGACACAGGAGGUGACCUUCAAGUACGGUUGUGCCAGACAGACAUACCCAGUGGGUAUAUCGCACUCACCACCAGCCCGAUGACCUCGAGGACCAUGCCUUCGUGGUGGAUGCUCCACCCUGGCAGCCAGUACCUGGACUCCUUGGGCUGGUUCUGGCGCAUCGUGCACCACGUCAAGGAGGAUGACAAGGAGGAAAUGAUCCUUGAGCUGAUGGACGACUCUUAG